AUGGCUGAUUCCGAGAUUUCUAAUACCACACCACCUUUGGCCUCUUCACAUUCUACGACUCCACCUCCUUCUUCACCACCACCUACAGUUUUACAAGCUGCUACUGCUUUUUCAAGUUUACAAGUAGAUUUUCCAUCAACGAUAGUUGCGCGUUCGCAAAGGGCCGAUAGCGAACAAGAAGAAAUACGUCAAAGUGCUGUCAACGCUUUACACCAAUAUUCUAUUUUAACCAUGCAUGUCAUCGCUAAUGAAGAGACUGCGAAUGUUGCGAUAUUUAACGGAUGGUAA